UAGCGGGCAGGGACAGGGUACCACGCAUCACUGGUAGAAACUGUGGAAUGCUCUGUAGGGAUAUAGGUUAAGCAAUAUAGCAUUAUUAGCACUGUGAAAUAUAAUAUUUUUGUGAUUACACGCUCGCACUACAAUCUGAAAAAGUGAUGCAGGCAGUGCACGGUGCAUUAAUGUAUUUCACUUUUGAUUUGUAUUAUUAUUAUUCGGUGGUAACAAUUCCUCCGCUCGUUCGGCACUGAUGAGCCACAAAAUCCGAAAAGUUGAAAUAAAUGUAUAAAGAUGAUGCCCAGUAUGGGCUUACCAUAAAGCAGUCACCCCAAAUUGUGCACAUCAAUAAAUCAGUAUUAACUUAAAUACCUCCGGAUAGAUGUUUACGCCGGUGCUGGCUGGAGUAAUAAACUGAACAAAGCAAUAAAAGACCACAGUUUUCGGUGAACGAUCAGCUCAGGCAAUGAUUUUGGAACCAAUCGUGAUUUUUCACCCGCGCCAUUGCGACAACAACAGCAGCAUUAUCGGUUAUGUGAAUUGGUGGAACGCGAUGCAUUUGCAUAGGCGUUCGUGUACUGCCUGCAGGAUCGUGCAAACCUAUGAUCUGUAUAAGUAUACACCGAUCAGAAAGAACUCUGUAACAGGAGUAACUAAUGUGGCAACUCGUUUGACAACGUACAUUAACGUAAGCUGUUGUGGUAGGAUUUUUAAGCUUGUGCAUAAAUAAUACCAGCAGAUGUAUGGACAAACUGGUUCACUUAAAUUUCAUCAUUACAUGUAGAAUUAGAAACCGUCAGGCAAAAUAAACAGCAAGUACUCAAACUGGUUGCACUGUACCGUGAUCGUCCGACCGUUGCGUGCCAGCAGCGAUCGAAACAGGUUCUCGGCUGAACAUUUCACUGCCACGGCAUAGCGCUCAUUCGACUAAGUCGCGUUGAAAGGUGCAGACCGUCCAGUGAAUACCGAGGCGCGCGCGUGUGGACAGUGUUUUCCUCCUACGUCAGUACAUUGCACAUGUUCUGAAUCACAAUUAGGAUAACGGCUUCAGUACCGAAAUUUUCCAAGCGAAAGUGUGUGAAAUAAUGAAAGUUUGAGUAAAAGUGUGCAAAAUGGCUGGUCAAAAGUUUUUCCAUGGCCUCACAGAAGCCAUGAUCAAUCGGGUAUCCGAUGUACCCGACAGACAAAAGACAAGUUUCUUCUGGCCGGAUGAAUACAGAGAAGAUCCUCAGGAAGCGUAUCAAACCAGUAGCCGAAGACAAUCAACUACAUCCUCGACACCGAACACAGGCUGUGCCAGCCCAGCCAGCGAGCUGGAUACAACUGAAAUAACACGGCAACGGCAUCGUGGAAAUUCGCGUUCCCACAUCGAAUUCUACGACGAGUGUGACUCUUCGUUUUCUCAACUGGAACGCGAAAGGCAACGAGAAAAACUACGAAUAGCCGCCUUUCUCCGGGAGCAAGAUAACGACGUUAGUGAGGCCGCAAAAACUCGUCGUCAAAAUACACUAAAGUCCAGUUUUUCUUUCAACGAUUUCCCCGAAACACCAGAAGAAAAACCGACACAAAAACCUCCCAUCAAACCAACCAAUGGACACCAUCAGCCAUCAAUUGCAACGAUCCCUGAUCAUGAAGACCCGCUGCGGACAAGUCCAUUACCCAGCUACAACGGGAAUUCGCAACGUAGACAGCAAUAUUCGCCGGCUUCCUCCGAGUACCACUAUUCAGCUCGCUAUACCGGAAGCUACGAUGAUUUUGAGGACGAUCGAAGCUAUAAAUCGAACGACUUCAACUACGGCAACUUUAGUCCACCGGGAACCCCAUCCAGUGCGGAUUUAAACGAACACAAACGGCUCUCCCAGCGACAUCUGCGAUCUAGCAUAAAUUUCGCCAACGGCGUUGCGGUGGCGGACGACGACGACGAAUGCGCUCGGAAGCCCGUCACCGUGCGUGAUUCCGCCACAGAACGUGUGGGUGUUGGAUUACCAAAUUUGUAGAUAGCAAGGAAUGACAACCAAAUUAUGCGGAAAGACAAGGAGUGAAUGGGGGGAAUGGGGAGUCAAAUGAACGUGGAGGCGGGUCGGUGAGCUAAUAAGGCGCAGAGCAAACAUCUUUGUUGACAACCUACUAUGAAACUUUUGUUCAGUGCGGUGUUAUUUUUAUUUUGCGUUGCAUAUAAAUUUCGUCGGUUUGAAUCAGUGCGCGCGCUCUAGACCAAAUGGAUGGCAAUUUCAGAGUGAAUGGAGCAUACAUGCAAUCGAUGUGGAAACAUCUCAAGAUCGUCAUCUUUUGGUAGAAUCUAAAUAUGGAAAAAAAUUCAGAGCUAUAUAAAUAAAACACUGCCUUUUCUAGAGACCCGGGCAUGAUCAUUGUCGCGCGAUAGAAGAAAGAGAGGAGUCGGUUUUUAAUUAGUUUGAACGGAACAAACAAGCAAUUUCAAACCAGUUUAAUGCUUGAAAUAUUUUAGAUAAUAACAGGAUGAUAAACUGGUUCGCAUAGCAUGCCUAAGCAAAAUCGAAACAAAGGCUUACAAAAAAUAGCGAGUUGCACUAACUUUAUUUCGCAACAUUACUGUUUGAGUGAAGGAUGACUAAACAAAACUAUUAAAAUUAAACUAUAUUUCAUUAGCAGUGGAAAAACAGUCAUUUUAAAGGAAACAUACACAAUGAGGAGCCGUCAAAGUAAUCAUGAACUGUAGAAUAUAUAUGUUCGUACACUAAAGGAUACUUUACAAUUUAACAGUUAGAAGUAAGUAAAAUGCAAGAAUAAA